AUGUCCAAGGUAUGGAGCAUGAUUCAGAAAAUAAAAGAGUACAAAAAUAUCUACAAUAAAAAGACAUCUUUUAUUCCACCACUUGGAAUAAGAAUACAAUCUGAUGUUUCUGCUGCCCAAAUCAAUCUUGAAACCCUAGCCCCCAUUCGGCUGUUCACUUUUCCACCAUGGCAGUUAGUGAAGCCCGAGGUGGACCUAACAUUAAGUAAACUAAAGAAAUCCGACACAAAUCAAUUAAUUUAUCAACAGCAAUAUAAUGAAUUACGAGGCACCUGGAGGCAGGGAAAGAGGGGAAUGGGAGAGAGGAAGGAAAGAGAGAGGAAUGGGAGAGAGGAAGGGAAAGAGAGAGGAAUGGGAGAGAGGAAUCGGAGAGAUGAAGGGAAAGAGAGGAAUGGGAGAGAAGAAGGGAAAGAGAGGAAGGGAAAGAGAGGAAUGGGAGAGAGGAGGGAGAGAGAGGAAUGGGAGAGAGGAGGGGAGAGAGGAGGGAAAGAGAUAGGAAUGGGAGAGAGGGAGGGAAAGAGAGAGGAAUGGGAGAGAGGAGGGAAAGAGAGAGGAAUGGGAGAGAGGAAGGGAAAGAGAGGAAUGGGAGAGAAGAAGAAAAAGAGAGGAAGGGAAAGAGAGGAAUGGGAGAGAGGAGGGAAAGAGAGGAAUGGGAGAGAGGGAGGGGAGAGAGAGGGAGGGGAGAGAGGAGGGAAAGAGAGAGGAAUGGGAGAGAGGAGGGAAAGAGAGAGGAAUGGGAGAGAGGGAGGGAAAGAGAGGAAUGGGAGAGAGGAGGGAAAGAGAGAGGAAGGGAAAGAGGGAGGAAGGGAAAGCGGGAGGAAGGAAAGAGAGAGGAAUGGGAGAGAAGAAGGGAAAGAGAGGAAUGGGAGAGAGGAAGGGAAAGAGAGGAAUGGGAGAGAGGAAGGGAAAGAGAGGAAUGGGAGAGAGGAGGGAAAGAGAGAGGAAUGGGAGAGAGGGAGGGAAAGAGAGAGGAAUGGAGAGAGGAGGGAAAGAGGGAGGAAUGGGAGAGAGGAAGGGAAAGAGAGGAAUGGGAGAGAGGGAGGGAAAGAGAGGAAGGAAAGAGAGAGGAAUAUGGGAGAGAAGAAGGGAAAGAGGGGGGAAUGGGAGAGAGGAAUGGAGAGAGGGGGAAGAGAGAGGAAUUGGAGAGAGAAAUGGGAGGGAGGAAGGAAAGAGAGAGGAAUGGGAGAGAGGAAGGAAAGUGAGAGGAAUGGGAGAGAGGAGGGAAAGAAGGAGGGAAAGAGAGAGGAAUGGGAGAGAGGAGGGAAAGAGAGAGGAAUGGGAGAGAGGGAGGGAAAGAGAGGAAUGGGAGAGAGGAGGGAAAGAGAGAGGAAGGGAAAGAGGGAGGAAGGGAAAGAGGGAGGAAGGAAAGAGAGAGGAAUGGGAGAGAAGAAGGGAAAGAGAGGAAUGGGAGAGAGGAAGGGAAAGAGAGGAAUGGGAGAGAGGAAGGGAAAGAGAGGAAUGGGAGAGAGGAGGGAAAGAGAGAGGAAUGGGAGAGAGGGAGGGAAAGAGAGAGGAAUGGAGAGAGGAGGGAAAGAGGGAGGAAUGGGAGAGAGGAAGGGAAAGAGAGGAAUGGGAGAGAGGGAGGGAAAGAGAGGAAGGAAAGAGAGAGGAAUAUGGGAGAGAAGAAGGGAAAGAGGGGGGAAUGGGAGAGAGGAAUGGAGAGAGGGGGAAGAGAGAGGAAUUGGAGAGAGAAAUGGGAGGGAGGAAGGAAAGAGAGAGGAAUGGGAGAGAGGAAGGAAAGAGGGGGGAAUGGGAGAGAGGAAGGGAAAGAGGGGGAAUGGGAGAGAGGAAGGGAAAGAGGGAGGAAUGGGAGAGAGGAAGGAAAGAGAGAGGAAUGGGAGAGAGGGAGGGAAAGAGAGAGGAAUGGGAGAGAGGAGGGAAAGAAGCCCAGUGUGUAUGGUGUGUAUGGUGAUCGUUCAUUCUGAUAAACCGGGGUUAGGAGACACGCACUUGGUAUUGAUUGUCCGACAUGUCAAGAGCAAGAAGCCAUGCAAUACCUUCUCCCGUCGUGACUUCAGCCAGCAACAAGAGCCACAACUGAGACAGACUGAGAUCAAUAGCGGCUGA